AUGGAAUCUUGCAGCCCGAGCCCUGUCAGCAAAAGCCCCCCUGAUAGACGUCCUGCCAGGCGUACAAAUAUUUCUCGCACCCCGGCAUCAAGCGAGAGUCGUCAAAUACUACGAAAUACUGGUGCCGAAAAUGCUCUGCAAGUACUUAGGAGACUUCAGAAACAUUCAACUUCAACUCUCCAUGGUGACGAAGAAAUAAAACUUCACUUGUCGACUGAUCAAUAUUUGCAACUGCUCAAAGCACUGGAAUCUGAUCAAGCAUUGGAUAACUACACCAAGUGCAAAGCUCGCUGGGACUACGAUCCCAGCACAUCUCUUAUUCGAUUUCGCAUGCCAACUCCCGUGCACGAAUUUUUCGCGGUUUCGGUUGCGAAUGAGAUAUGUGAGCAUCUCCGUGAGAUUGCAAGCAACAAGAAUGCUGCUGGCGAGUUCGCAGCCCUCAUUGCCAAUGGGGGCUCGUCUCGAAUGAUCUUGAAGGACGGAGAUACGAAACUGCCGGUUUAUCCUCAGCGCGAACCGGACGCUCAAUUUCAGCACCCCGAUGCACUCUACCCUGGAGUAGUCAUGGAGAUAUCCUAUGCGCAAAAAGGGAGUGAUUUGAGGAAACUCGCCUGGGAUUAUAUAAUGCACUCCAAUGGGAAUAUCAAGGUAGUCAUUGGAAUCGACAUCAACUACGGCGAUACGAAAGAAUCGACCUUGUCACUUUGGCGUUCAUCUUAUAUCAAAGAAGAGGGCGAGGAAUUAGACAUACUCGAGAUAAGUCAAGACAUCAAGAACCAGGUAACUAUGUCUUUCCAUUUGCACACGGAGCGUACGGCUAAUCAAUCCCAGCCGUUCCGAGCGCAGGACGGAUCUCCUGUUAACAUAAAAGAAAGCGUCCGUUUUAAACUAAGUGAUUUCGCCCCUGACCAGUUAUCCGCGGGAUUUCAAGGUAUUGAAAUUUGCAUCAAAUACGAGAAAUUGGCGGAAAUGCUCAACCGCGCUGAGCAAAUGCAUCAAGCAAGGGAGCUACGCCCCGGUAUUAAAUCUGAACGGCAAACAAGGAAGCGGAAACUAUCAUCGUCUGCGGCAGACGAGAUCAAAACUGACGACGAAGCUAAAUAUUCUCUCGCGGAGAAAAAAGCCGAGGCAAGCUCAACUGCAUACGAUGUUGAUUUUGUCCCCGUCCCGCCUAGAAAAAGGAAAGGUUGA